UAGACAAACAGGCGACUUGGCCGCCCAGAGAGGCUUUAUCCGUGGCCCCUUGAUCUUCUUCCUGCGCAGAGAGCCUUCGCGGGUGAGGCGUAACGUGCAGGAAGUCUCACGAGAGUGGAAGCAAGUCUCGCGAAUUUUAAAAUUUAUCUUUUUGCUUAGCGACUGACAACAGGCUGGUUGCUUGGCGUGGAAUCGUAAAGUGGCCUGGCUUUGAGACUGGAGUGGGACCCCAGCCCUAGGCUGGGGUUCUUUCCAUUAUAGAGGAGACGGAUUCAGAAGGGCUACAGACCAAGGUUGUUGAAAACCAGACAUAUGAUGAACGUCUAGAGAUUAACGACUCUGAAGAGGUUGCAAGUAUUUAUACUCCAACCCCAAGACACCAAGGACUUCCUCAUUCUGCCCAUCUUCCUAACAAGGCUAUGGCUGAUAACAGCAGUGAUGAGUAUGAAGAGGAAAAUAACAAGGUCCUAAGGGAGGGCAUGCCACAGGCUCCAGGCCACAGAGGCAAAGACAUGGACCCUGUUCCACCUGCCCCUGAAAGUCUCAAGUGCCACCAGACCCCUUCUCACGGACUUGAGAGGGUGGGAUGGUACAGAGAAAGCCAGAAGCACAGAAAGGAGAAGAAGAAGACCUCACAGUUGACACCUCAGCGGGGCUUUAGUGAAAAUGAUGAUGACGACGAUGAUGAUGAUUCAUCUGAAACUGAUUCUGAUUCUGAUGAUGAUGAUGAAGAGCAUGGAGCCCCUCUGGAAGGGGCCUAUGACCCUGCAGAUUAUGAGCAUUUGCCAGUUUCUGCUGAGAUUAAGGAACUCUUCCAGUACAUCAGUAGGUAUACACCUCAGUUGAUUGACCUGGACCACAAACUGAAGCCUUUCAUUCCUGAUUUUAUCCCAGCUGUCGGGGAUAUUGAUGCAUUCUUAAAGGUCCCACGUCCUGAUGGAAAGCCUGAUAACCUUGGCCUGUUGGUAUUGGAUGAACCUUCUACAAAGCAGUCAGACCCUACGGUGCUCUCACUCUGGUUAACAGAGAAUUCUAAGCAGCACAACAUCACGCAACAUAUGAAAGUAAAAAGCCUGGAAGAUGCAGAAAAGAAUCCCAAAGCCAUUGACACGUGGAUUGAGAGCAUCUCUGAAUUACACCAUUCUAAGCCCCCUGCAACUGUGCACUACACCAGGCCCAUGCCCGACAUUGACACACUGAUGCAGGAAUGGUCCCCAGAGUUUGAAGAGCUUUUGGGCAAGGUAAGCCUGCCCACAGCAGAGAUUGAUUGCAGCCUGGCAGAGUACAUUGACAUGAUCUGCGAGUUUGUUUGGUUCUGUUCCUGGAAGUUCUUCUUCAUUUCAGCCAUUCUAGACAUCCCUGUCUACAAGAGUCGGAUUCAGUCCCUCCAUCUGCUGUUUUCCCUCUACUCAGAAUUCAAGAACUCCCAGCAUUUUAAAGCCCUUGCUGAAGGCAAGAAAGCAUUCACUCCUUCAUCCAACUCCACCUCCCAAGCUGGAGACAUGGAGACAUUAACCUUCAGCUGAGACAGCUCCCAAGCUGCUGUUUCAAGGCCGAGCUGGCCCCUCUGCCCCAGCUGAGAUGGACAGAUCGUUGUCAGCUACUUGAUGUCCUUGCCUAUGCCACAGCUUGGCUCAGGGCCAGUGCAUGCCCUGCUGCCCUCUCUGCCAGAGGGCACAGAACAUGUUUGUUUAAUGAACCUGCCUGCCUCAGAUUGCUGUCCCUGGCGAGUUAAUGCGUCUGUACCACUGUGGGGAUUUGAGUUAGAAGAACUGGAAUUUCUGAGAGCCCAUGGAGCCUGGAUUGGGAGGAAAGCUGAAAAGAUUUCCUUUUUGUGAGAGGGAUGGAAUUGUUUUUUUUUCAUUCGUAAAGUUAGUGGGUAAAAAUUUUAUAGAUCAGAUGCUCUAUUAUAUUGUCAGAUUAUUCUGUUAUUUAAUAUGAAAGAGAAAAGGCUGACUGAGCAUAAGGCAGAGACACAGGAACUUUGCUUAGUAAUGGGCAUUAAAUGAAGAGUAGUUAAAGCAAACAAAUUUUGUGAAAUAAAAUGAAACCCCAAUCCUCCAA